AUGAUCUCAAGUGAACGUCUCAUUGGUCAUAUCGACCAGCUCGAAGGAUUUGUCCAUUUCGAACAGCGCGAUCCGUUGAAGCUUUGGGACGAGCAAAUCAUGACUUUUUGUCAGCUGGUGAACAAAGUGAGCGAUAUGAUCGUUCAGCAACAUCCGGAGGUAUUGAGUUGA